AUGGGAGGAAGAACGAGCAUCGGUCGCGGUGUAAUCGAAGCGUCCAUCGAAUCUGGCGCCCGUAUCACCGUCUCCAGCUCAUCACAGCAUAGCGCAGACUCUGCGGUAUCUGAGAUCAAGACCCUCUACCCGUCGGCAGAUAUUGCAGGGCUCAAGUGCGACCUGUCCAAAAUCACCGUUGAAGAAGACCUCGAGGCGCUCUUCAACGAAGCUGGUCCAGUUGACCACAUCGUUUUCACAGCCGCCGAUGUACUGGCCCUGGGCGUCGCCGUCCGUCAUCUACCUAAAAGCAGCGAGUCCAGCCUCACACUCACGAUGGGCAGCAUAGCGGACCAUCCAGCUCCUAACUGGGCCCUCGUCGCAUUUUUGGCCACUGGACUGAUGGGCUUGACUUGUAAUCUGGCACUUGACCUGAAGCCGGGCAGAGUCAAUGCUGUUAAGCCUGGGUUUGUCAACACCGGACUGUGGGAUGCGCACAUGAUGCAAGACGAGAAGUUAGCUAUGAUGGAGGGUAUUGGGAAGAAGAUGCCCGUCGGGAAAGCAGGGCAAGUGGAAGAUGUGGCCGAGGCGUAUUUACAUGUCGUGAAGGACAAGAAUUGCACUGGGGAGAUUAUCAAGACCAGGAGCGGGCAGCAACUGUUUUAUAUGCCGGACAAAAUUAAAUAG